AUUAUAUUCAUCUUCUUUCUCUUUCUCAUCGCACCAAAAAUGCCUUUUGCCCCUCUCUCUCUAUAUCCAACCCAUGUCUCCUCUUUAUCUCUCUAACUUUCCCCUUAGAGAGAUUCCUCUUUCUCUCAAACUAGGGUUUCCUCUCUGAAAACAACAAAAAUAUCCCAAUAAUUGCAAAAUCUACUUGAAGAUUUUUCAUUCUCCUUUCUUAUAAUUAAUGCCCAAGAGAGAAACAAAGAAGAUCAAACCUUCUCAAGAAGUUAUCAAGGAAGGACCUUUUCUUGUUGCGAUCCAUUUAAAGGGGAUAUAUAUGUCGAACUACACAAACUCACCGUGUGCAGCAUGCAAAUUCCUCCGGCGUAAAUGCACGUCAGACUGCGUAUUCGCACCCUAUUUUCCGCCGGAGGAACCUACAAAGUUUGCGAACGUCCACCGGAUAUUCGGGGCAAGCAAUGUGAGCAAGAUCCUCCACGAAGUGGCUCCCCAUCAGCGGGAAGAUGCGGUCAACUCGCUGGCUUACGAGGCGGAAGCACGACUUAAAGAUCCAGUGUAUGGCUGCGUUGGAGCGAUCUCGGUGCUCCAAAGACAGGUCUUGAGGUUGCAAAGGGAACUCGAGGAGACAAAUGCUGAUCUCAUGAGGUACGCUGGUUGUCUCGGUGGUGAAACGACGUCGGCUUAUGGUGGUCGGAGGGGUUGACUGGUCAACGAGAGUUGAUUAGUCAUCAUCACUCUUUGAGAAAAUUAGCGGCGGAGAAGUAUAAAGAGAGAGAGGAUGGUUGAUGUGAUGGUAAGUGUUAUUAGUCGUAUGUAUAUAUGUGUAAAUAUGGGGACAUGCAUGCAUGUAUAUUUAUGUUUAUUUUCAUGUAUAUACUUAUGCGUAUGUGUAAUUUAACUUGUAAUUUUUUUUUCAUGGGAGAGGUCAAGGAAUAUUUUUGAUGAUGUUGAAUAACUAGAUCUUGCUCAUGCUCAUAUCUCCAUAACUCUCUUUAACUUGAUCUA